AUGUUUCGAUCAACUUUUCUCACUUAUAUCGAACUCGAAAUUAAACAAGUUGUUCUUGUUGGUCAUAAUCAAUUCUGCACAGCAGCUUUGAUCGAAUUAGAUAAAGAUAAAACAAAAGAUUUGAAUGAAAAGAAAAUUCUGGAUGAAAUUUGGAAAUAUGUUGAACAAGCGAAUAAAGAUGCUCCAUCACAUUCACGUCUUGUCAAACAACUUAUUCAUAUUCUUUCAAAUGAUCAAAGUUUACCUGUAACUCAUAAAGGAAAUCUUCAACGACAAAAAAUCAAUCAAUUAUAUUCAAAUUUGAUUUCACAAAUCUAUGAUGAAUUUCUCAAUGAACAAUAUAAUGAACAACAACAAGAGAAAUUCAUUCAACGAUCUAAUUGGACAAAAGAAUCAAUUGAAAAUUAUCUUAAAGAAAAAUUCCAAGGAAUUCUUGACCAGACAAUAGAUGUAUCGAAAUCCGUUUUUGAUUUUGGUGUUAAUUCAUUACAAAUUGUUGAAUUACGAAAUCUUAUCUGUGAAGAUAUUUGUCAAAUACCAAAAAAUUUUCUCUAUGAGAAUUCUUCAAUAGAUCAAAUAGAAAAACUACACACAUGUUCAUUUUAA